CACAUGCUAAGAUCAUUUUACACUAAGAAUCCAUGAAUAAAUCCUCCUUCCUCUCUCUCUAGAUCUCUCUCUCUCUCUAAAGCGCACACACACACGCAGUUAUUUUAACUCAUGUUCUAGCGUUUCUAUAAAUAGAACGGUCCUUUUUUAAGUUUUUCUUUUUAGGGUUUGAAGAUUGUUACCCUUUUGGUUAAAGAAAUUUCUUGGGUGAAGAAAGAGGAAAGUGAAGGUUUAAUAGUUACAUAAUUAUUAAAUUAGAUGUAUAUAUAUUAUAAAUAGGGAUCAUGGGGAGGGGAAGAAUGGAGCUUAAGAGGAUAGAAAACAAGAUAAAUAGACAGGUUACAUUUGCAAAGAGGAGAAAUGGUUUGCUCAAGAAAGCUUAUGAACUCUCUGUUCUCUGUGAUGCUGAGGUUGCUCUCAUCAUCUUCUCUAACCGUGGCAAGCUUUAUGAAUUCUGCAGCACCUCCAACAUGCUCAAGACACUUGAUAGGUACCAAAAAUGCAGUUAUGGCUCUUUAGAAGUCAACCAUCUAGACAAGGAUAUUGAGCAAAGCAGCUAUAGGGAGUACCUAAAGCUUAAGGCUAAAUACGAGUCCCUACAACGAUAUCAAAGGCAACUACUUGGAGAUGAUCUUGGGCCUCUGAACAUCAAUGAUCUCGAGCACAUUGAACAUCAAUUGGACACAUCAUUGAAGCACAUUAGAUCUACAAGAACACAGGUUAUGCUUGAUCAGCUCUCUGAUCUUCAAUCAAAGGAGAAGUUGAUGCUUGAUGCUAACAAAGCUCUGGAGAGCAAGUUUAUGAAUUUUGAUGGUCAGUUGGAAGAGAUAUAUGCUGCAAAUCACCUUCAGCAAUCGUGGGUGGGAGGAGGUGGGGAGCACAGUAACAACUAUGCUCAUCACCACGCUCAAUCCCAGGGCUUCUUUCAGCCUCUUGAUUGCAACUCUACUCUCCAAAUCGGGUAUAGUGAUCCAGUGAGUUCGAGCCAGAUGACGGCAGCAACGGAAGUUCAAAACGUCAACGGAAUAGUCCCUGGCUGGAUGCUCUGACUCUGACUUGCAACAUAUCUUUUCAAGUCUACUCUAAGAAGCAUAUAAAUAUGAUUCAUAUUUUAUCUAUUUUCAAGUACAUUCUUAAAUAAUGGAGUGACACUCUAAUAUUUGGUUCAAUAUUUGGACCUUCGAUCAACCUAUCAGAAACUGAUGUACGGACAAACAAAAGGGACUCUGGUUAGCCUAAACUAUUUAGACUCCCAAUCAAAUUUCUAUGUAUGUUGUUAAUUGUAAUAUCUAUAUUUUCACCA